GUCAAUCAAGCGGCUGCAUCGGCCAUUUGUAUCACCACAGCCUCCUCUACGGUCGAAGACAUUCCCUGACAGUAUUUUGCGAAUCUCGAAUCGAUCGCCAUGGCCGCGCCCAAUGUCCUCAACGCCAUCUCCAAGUGGGCAGUGCCGGUUUUCAUCGGCUUCUCCCUCGGCCAGGCGGCCAUCUACGACGUCAAAGGUGGUACCCGAGCGGUCAUCUUCGAUCGUCUCAGCGGUGUUCAAGAGUCUGUCGUGAAUGAAGGCACACAUUUCCUCAUUCCCUGGCUGCAGAAGGCCAUCAUCUACGAUGUCCGCACCAAGCCUAGAAACAUCUCCACCACCACCGGCAGCAAGGAUCUGCAGAUGGUUAGCUUGACCCUCAGAGUUCUGCAUAGGCCAGAAGUCCAAAGAUUGCCCAAGAUCUACCAGAAUCUCGGCCAAGAUUACGAUGAAAGAGUUCUUCCCUCCAUCGGCAACGAAGUCCUCAAAGCCAUCGUCGCACAAUUCGAUGCCGCAGAACUCAUCACCCAGAGAGAAGCCGUGUCACAAAGAAUCCGAUCAGACUUGCUCAAGAGAGCUCAAGAAUUCAACAUUGCGCUGGAAGACGUUUCCAUCACCCACAUGACCUUUGGACGGGAAUUCACACGAGCCGUCGAGCAGAAGCAAAUUGCUCAACAAGAUGCCGAACGAGCGAGAUUCAUUGUCGAAAAGGCCGAGCAGGAGAGACAAGCCAACGUCAUUCGAGCAGAAGGUGAAGCAGAAGCUGCGGACAUCAUUAGCAAGGCCGUUGCUAAAGCUGGAGACGGUCUGAUUCAAAUCCGAAGAAUCGAAGCUAGCAAGGACAUUGCACAGACACUCUCGAGCAACCCCAAUGUCACGUAUCUUCCCGGUGGAGAGGGCGAGGGCAAAGGCAAAGGUGCUGGUCUUCUUCUCGGGCUGAGAUCGUGAGGUCUUGGGUCCAUAUUGACUUCGAGAGUCGGCGCACGGGGUUGACGGGCAAAAAUUGCUCUGCAUCUGAGAGGCGCAAAUACGGUAAAACCUACCCACCCACCCACCUACACACACUGUGUGGUCCCAAAACUCUGCUGUAACGAUAUGAAAACUCGUCUAUUGUUGACCUGUCUUCGAUGUAGCACCACAUAGCGAUCGCAAAAUAUAAUCCUCAGGGGAAUUCUCAACUUUCUA